AUGCCCAUUUUUCAAAACGAAGCAACAGCGACAGCAAGCCCUGGCUCGAGUCGCUAUCUGGAGCUCGGGCCGACGAAGGCUGCUGUGCUGCAGGCUGCAGGUCGCCUGCCGGCACCGAUCUUGGCGGGACAUUUGCAUUCUGGGAUGUUCCCUGAGAUCCGACGUUGCAGAACAAUUGCAACAUCGAUCUCGGGGACUGGGGAGCACGACGCCGUCCUUGUCGGGCCGCCUCGGGGCGCGACGGAGAGCUCUGUCGAGGUCAUCGCCCGCGAUCCAGGGUGCCCCCCCAGGGUGCCAGUUGCAGACUACACCUUAAGCGAUGCUUAA